AGCUACAACAGCCACUGUGGCUGAUGCGGUGAAUCAUUCCGAAGCGGGAAGUUCCGGGCCGGGCUUGUGUUACUGUCGGCGACCCAUGGGGAAAGUGGGAGUUUUCAAAGGCUCCGCUCCAGCUUCUGACAGCAGCACCUCCGUCAAGGCCAAAGUCCUUCUGCCUGAGUUCGUGAAUUUACAGUAACACCAAAUAAAACGAUAGUGAUCCAACCUUCUCGAAAUUCGGAACGGAAAGUAUGCGGGACUGAACUUCGAACAGAAGACGCACUGUUUCCGGCAGAGGAUCUGCAUUACUCCUGCCCAUCACCAUAUAGAUGCUUAAGAUUUUGAGAUAUGCAUACACUCUGAAUGUUCUCCCACAGGUCCUGUAAACUUGACCUUCAGGUGUGAACCCUCCGGCACUGGGAAAGCUAGAUAGCAACACGGGUAAUUGAUCAUUCCACACCCAGGGAAGUUCAAUUCAUAGUCGAGUGAGUGGUCAUGAAUAACCAAGAGAUGGUAGCGCUCCUACAGGAGUGCAAGCAGGCCCUCGAUGCACCCCCAUCAGAACCGUCAGAAGAAGACAAGACAAAGUACCGGCAGUGCGAAGCUUCACUCUCUGCUGAUCUGAGGACCCUGCUGGAACAGGCAAAGGAAAUGAAGUGGCCCUUUGUACCAGAGAGGUGGCAAUACAAACAAGAAGUAUGCCCAGAAGACAAAACAAACCUAAAAGAUAUCAUCAGCAAGAAGUUGCCCAAUCUGUUGGUCUUUUUGAAAGCUUCUGUCUCAGUUGGUGACUACGCUUCAGCAGCUGCCACAGUCUUCUUGAUUGACAGGUUUCUAUACUGGGUCGAUGCAUCCAGCAAACUUCUGCAGGUUGCCAAGGGCUUGCAUAAGCGUUGCAUGGAAAUACCAAUUGCGCCACAGGUGGUUAUUCGCCAGGCCCGAGUCUCUGUAAAUUCAGGUAAACUUCUAAAAGCUGAAUAUAUCCUGAGCAGUUUGAUAAUUCAUCGUGGGGCAACAGGUACUUGGGUCUAUGAGAAAAAGAGUGAUCGCACACUGGUACAGGCUGUCAGUGUCCAGAUAAGGGGACAGAUUCUCCAAAAACUUGGGCUAUGGUAUGAGGCUGCAGAGAUGAUCUGGGCUUCCAUUGUUGGAUUUAAUGAGCUUCCUCAGCCGGAUAAAAAGGGUACUUCUACAUCACUGGGCAUUUUAGCUGAUCUGCUGGUUUCGAUGAGUGAUGAGGAUUACUACCACUUUAAGAAGAACCCUCAGAUGGAUCUGAUCCUGGUUGAGGAAUGCACUGAUCGACUCUUAUCAGCUGCUGAAGCAAGCAAACUGGCAGCUGUGCUCAGUCAGUACAACCCACUCUUCGUGCUGACAAACCUGAAUAUUUAUGGAACAUGCCUCCUUUCUUAUAGUUUUAAGGGGAAUGAUUCGAAGGAGAAAAAUCAGUUCUACCUUUUACAAGCAAAAGAGGCUUUUGAAAUAGGUCUCCUUACGAAGAGAGAUGAUGAUGUUAUAACAAGUAAACAGGAACUGCAUGGAUUUGUUAAAGCCGCUUUCUCUCUUACAACUGUGCACAAGUGGCUUACGGGUAACAAUGAAAUCCUUGUGAAGAUGAGGCAACUGUGUAAAGAAGCAAUGAGAAAAUUAUACCUCUACAGUACUCAGAACCAGGAAGUUUUGGCUCAGGAGAUCAUGGAACUGAUCAGCCAAAUUAAAGUUUCUUUGCAAAUAAAAGAUCUCUGCAAUUCUGACAGCAAGUCUUAUGUCCCAGACCACUAUAAACAUUACUGGGAUAAGCCAAUAGUGAAGGGAAGGGUGGCCUUUGAUGAAAUCCUAGCCAGGCACAAACAAUACCACAGAACAAUAUGCACAGUAUUUGAAGGUAGUUGUAGAAGACAACAAAAUAGCAAGGGAGUUUCAAAAUAUAGCUGUAUAACUGCUUUUAAGACAGAAACCAAAGAACUUGAUACUGCUAAUGCCAAAGCAAGCAUUCCUCAUCAAUGGGAUCUUGAUGCCUCUCAGCAUUCUCUACCUGAAGAGAAGAAAGCAUUGCAAAACAAACAGGAGAUGCAUAACAAGAGGCAUGAAUUAAUGAAGGUGACCAAACCGGAGAACCAAGAUGCAGACCCUUUGAAAGACCACACCUGCUCAAGGAAUGACCAACCACAUAGCACUGGUAGAAAUCUGGGUGGUGUAACCUUGAAGGAGAAGGGUAACACCAAGAAAGGAUGCACAGACCAUCUGAGUGACUGUCAUGGCUUCAGCUCCUCCUCAAAGUCCUGCCUGGAAACAUCUGGGUCAGGAUUAUCUGACAGCUGGGAGGAAGUUAUCAAGGGCAAGGACAGUGGACCCCCCAGCAGUGGAAGUAAACCUUGUCUGCUCACUGUGGACACAGAAUGUUCAACAGUUUUAACUGAGGAAAUCGGAGAGCAUCAGCAGGAUGAUUUAAAAAAACAAACUGCACUUUCUGUCUUUCCAUCAGAACAUACAUUGUCUCAAACAUAUAAACAGUUUAGUGAUUCAAAUACUAACUGUACUCCAGGCAAUAUGGAGAAGAAAAUUCCUUCAGCUUUAUCUUCAGUUGAACACAGGUCUUCCACAGUGGCUGGCCCUGAUAGAAAGACUGCUGAUGACAAUGCAAAAGACCAUGAACCAGACAGUUAUGUAGAGACUGCCGGUCAUGAUCAGAGUUGUGAAACUACUUACCAAACCUCAGUAACUCCUUCAGAUUCAGCAAACGUGUGGAGAGUUUCCAGUUCCUCUUCAAUAGAGUGCAGUUCAUUUGAGAUGAUUGACUCUGAUGCAGAUACUGUUGAUGACAGAGAAAAGGAUAAUAAAACAAAUAAUUUUAUAGGGUCCCCUGGAUAUGUGCCAAACCCUCAUUCUUCAUCAGAUCCAACUGGUAAAGGCACAAUAACUCAUUCGGAUUCACUGAACAUUAGGAAGGUUAGCUCAGCUUCUUCAGGACAGAGUAACUCAUUUGAGAUGAUUGACACUGAUGCAGAAACUGCUGAUGACACUCAGAGUGAUCUGAAUGAUUUUCAUAUGGGCACAAGUGAAAACAGCCUUGCAAAGUCCUCUUAUUCUCAGCCACGUUCAAAUGCUGUGGAGCCUAUCAUAAUUGACAGUGAUCAUUCAGGGAGCCUUACAAAGAGAAGCCAGGUGAUAUCCGAGAAAAACAGAUCAGUUGAAUUGAUAUCAGUCGACCCUACAGCAGAGACGGUUGAAGAAACAGAAGAAAGCCAUUUUUCUCCAAUUCCUCAAGGAGCUUCUGAAAGUCAGCAUUCAGAUGAAAGCAAGAAACAGGAGACACAUCAUCAAGAUGCAGUCCAAAUGAAGGAUUGCUCUGCUCAAUCUAUGUUACCCAUCAGAGAAUUAGACAAAGAUCACUGUAAGGCAUCGUUUGUAGCAGCUGAAAGUGCUGACAAUGUCGUGAGUAACCAGUCUCUGAACAGCAGUGUCAACUCCAGCUCUUCCAACAGAUCAUGGUGCAAAUCACUUUUCUCAGGCAGUGGAUCUGACCUCGAUUAUGUAAGUUCAUCACCAAGUUCAAGCAGCAGCUCUUUCGUGUUUCUUUCCAAAAAGAUGCAGAGCGUUAAGAAACGUGUUAUAACUGAUGAAGAUUAUAAGAUGUUGUGUGCAGGUGUAACCCACGAGUGGCUUAUGGAGAGAAUUACUGGCACUGGGGUAUUUUACCCUCACAAACUAAAAGACAUUUAUCCUGGUCUGCUACUUAAAUAUAACAAAAAAACUGACACUUGGACAGCCCAAGAAACUCUGGUAUAUAUUGGGAAGUGUUUAACUGUGGAUAAGCCAGGUGCCCAGAGGACUGCUUUGGAGACCCGCUUUCUGCAUCAGGAAGAAAUACUGGGCAGAUAUGUUGGAAAACAGUAUAAAAGAGUGAAAGAACUUUCCUACUACUUCAAUGAUGUUGAGCGGCAAAUGACUGCACAGCACUAUGUGACAGUAUUCAAUAAAAGGUUAUAUGAACAGCAAGUGCCAACACAAAUAUAUUACAUUCCAGCCUCAGUUCUGUUGCUUUUGGAAGAUAACCAAAUUGUGGACUGUGUAAGCGUAGAGCCGUAUAUGCUUGGAAAAUUCAUAAAACUAACCAACAACAAAAAGGCUGUUUGCAAAGAAUAUGAAGCAACAAUGUAUGGACUAGCAUUUGGACAUUUUACAUACGAGUUUUCAAACCAAGAAGAAAUAGUAGUUGAUUUACAAGGCUGGGUCACAGGAGAUGGCAAAGGUCUUCUUUACCUAACAGAUCCUCAGAUUCACUCAGUGACAAAGCAGCGAGGGGGAUCUAACUUUGCAGACCAAGGCAUCAGAUACUUCUUCAACUGCCAACACAAGGAAUGCAAUGAGAUUUGCCACAUGCUCACUUUGAAGGAUCCUGGCAAGGACAGCCUGGAAGAAAUAACUUCCACAUAGUUUUGGGAAGUAUAUUUGAAUUUGUUAGGAUCUUUUCUCAUCCUUAUCGGUGCAGAAGGUGAUCACUAUGUAGCCCUGGUAACCUACAAGCCACUAUUCCAGCAUUAGCAUCAAGAUUACCCUUGUUGGUAGCUGCCGGUGCUAACCGUGAAUCAGGAUGUGCAGUGUACCUUACGAAUGUCUGUGUAGUAAAGUCCGCAUUAUACAGAAUUACAACGGGAAAAGGUUCAACUUUCACUGAUUGCACUAAACUUGGUUAAGACUAUGAAAAACACUGCAUGCCCGCCACAUCUUGCAGCAUUUAGGGAUGGAUAAUACUUUUAUUUGAGAAGUUUCACUUCCCUCUUUUUCUCUACAUUCCUUCUCCAGAUUCUUUCCCCUACUCUCCCUCUCACUGUCCCCUUUCUCAUUUGUAGAUGAGUAUAUCUCCACAACAUCAUUCAGAGUCUUCCCCAAUUAGAAGACCUGGAUGAACCAGGAGAUCUGCAAUCUGCUGAAAACCAAAUCAGAAGCAUUCAAGUCUGGUGCCCAAGAAAGUUACAAGAGGUCCAGGUACAAUCUCCAGAAAGUCAUCUCACGGGCAAAGUGGCAAUUCGGGACUAAACUUGAGUCAACAAAGGACAGUUGUAGCAGGGCUUGAAUACUGUUACCUCUUAUAAAGUUAAUUCAAGCAACAUAGGCGACAGCUCGGCUUUGCUUCCAGAUGAGCUCAAUGUUUUAUAUGCUCAACAAAACAACAACCUUUUACUCAAUGUCACCAAGACCAAGGAACUGAUUAUUGACUUCAGAAGGAAACCAGAGGCCCGUGAGCCAGUUGUCAUUGGAGGGUCAGCAACUUCAAAUUUCUCAAUGUUAUUAUUUUGGAGGACCUGUCCUGGGCCCAGCACACAAGUGUAAUUACAAAGAAAGCACUUCCUUAGGAGUUUCUAGUGAUUUGGUAUGACAUCUAAAACUUUCACAACCUUCUAUAAAUGUGUGGUAGCUGCAUCACAGCCUGGUAUGGGUAUACCAAUGCUCUUGAACAGAAAAUCCAACAAAAUUUAGUGGAUACAGACAGGUGAGUAAAGACCACCCCACCAUUGAGAACAUGACAUGAAACAUUGUCAUAAGAAAACAGCAUUUGUCAGCAGAGACCUCCAGCACCCAGGACAUGCUUUCUUCUGGCUGCUGCCAUUAAGAAGGUGGUACAGGGCCUCAGAACUCACACCACCAGGUUCUUGCUCCUUUUCAUACUUCCUUCAAUUGCCCUCUUCUUCCUAUUGUCCUCCCCUCUGUAACCCCCAUCUCUAUUACAAAAACAUACAAAAUAGGAGUAGGAGGCCAUUCUGCCCUUCAAUUUUUCUCUAUCCAACAUAAUGGUUAAUCUUUGUUUCAACACCGUUUUCCUGUUCUAUUUCCAUACUCCUUCAAUCCUCUACGAUAUAGAAGUUUAUCAAUCUCUCUACCAACUACAAUCUAUGCCAGACCCUGAAGUAGAAGAUUCCCACCUGAAUAUUGAAAUUUCCCCUCAUUUCAGUUUAUGUGACAUACCUCCUAUUCUGAGUUUGGUUUUAGUCCCUUCAGUCAGAAGAAUAAUUUCCCUAUAUUCUCUUCAAUCUGUUUGACAGUUUUCAACAUCCAAAUUAGGUUAAUUGUCAUUCUAAAAUUUCAGAGAAUAAAGAGUUAGUCUACUUAAUUUCCAUUCAUAUAACAGAUAAGCCAUCCCAAGAAGCGGUCUGGUGAAUCUUCACCCUACCCCCUUUAUUGCAACCGCGUCCUUUUUUCUUCAAUAGGUAAAGAGAUCAAAAUUACACAUAAUAUGACCACUAUCAUCUCAAGAAAGUCUUACAUAAUUCUAGUAAAAAAUCUUCACUUUUGUACUGAGACUCUCUUGCAAUAGAGGAAAACAUCCCUUUACCAUUCUUAUCACCUGCUGUAUUCAUAUGUUUGCUUUCAGUGGGUUGUGUAUAAACACAUCAAGGUCCCUUUGAAUGUUAAUAUUUUCUAGUUUCUCACCAUUAGAAAAUAAUCAGUGCUUCUAGAUUUUUCUACCAAAGUUAAAUACUUCAUGUUUUUAAAUCACAUUGCAUUCUAUCUGCCAUGAAGUUGCCCAUUCUUACAUGUUCAUCAUUGCUCAUUUCCCCAUCACUGGUAAACCUGGAAAUGUUACGUUUGGUCCUAUCAGACAAUAUAUCUAUAUAGGUUGUGAAUACAGUAUUUGGUGUCUAAGUUCUGAUCCUUGUGAUAACCCCACCAGACACGGCUUGUGAUGAACCCAUUUAUUCUACUCUUUGUUUUCUAUCUGUUAAUCAAUUGUCAAUCUAUGCAAAUCUAUUACUUCUCGAUGUACUGCAGAUACGGUCUCUGACAACCUCAUGUUUGGGACAAUAUUGUAUGUCUAAUGAAAAUCCAAGAACUACAUUCCACUGGUUCCCUAUCCAUCUACUGCACUACAUAAUCUUUUCUGUACUCUUUCUAGUUUAAUAGCAACAAAAUGUUAGUAACAUUGAGCAAAUGAAAUCAAGGUUAGGUAACACAAAAUGCUGGAGGAACUCAGCAGGCCCAGCAGCAUCUAUGGAAACGAGUAAACAGUCGACAUUUAGGGCUGAGACCUUUCAUCAGGAUAGGUCAAGGAUAUGUAAGAGGGUGAAUACAGAGCUCUGUAGGUGGCUAUAGAAAUUGUUACAAGAUAGAUUCUAGCCACAUUGAAACACAAGGAAGAUUUUAGCUUAUCAAUGCAAUUCAUUUUACAUUGAAAUUUAAAAGAGAAAUGCUUUCAUUCGGAUCAUCCAUUGGACAUUGGUGCUCUAUGAUUGUUUAACUACAAGUGAAACCACAUUUACCCAUGACAAAUUGUAAUUAUUUCUUGCUCAGCGGCCCUAAUUACAUAUUUUAUGUUGUAAUGUCAUAAUAUUAAAAAUGUCAAUGAAUACUGUUAUGGAUUAAAA